AUGUUAAAGAAAUUUUGCUACGAAGCACUUGACAAGUGCCUUAAGGAUGUUCUUCGUUUUAAUCAUGGAUCUAAGCCUGAUGCCCUGUUUGGUGGAAAAGUUGUUGUUCUUGGAGGUGAUAGGUUAUUAGGAGACAGUAUAGAUGGUGAAUCAGUGAUCAGGAUACCGGACAAGUUGCUAUUGGAUAUUGAGUCACCAGCUCUUCACGAUUUGGUGUUGUUCGUUUAUCCUGAUGUGUUACUGCAUAUUUCUAGCGUGGACUAUUUUAAGGACAGGAGUAUAUUGGCACCGACACUUGAUGUUGUCACAGAAGUUAACAAUCAUGUCAUGUCUUUACUCCCUGGCAAUGAAAAGGUUUAUUUGAGUUCUGACACACUACUGAACGAAGAUGGUCAUUUAGAAUCUGAAUUAUACACGAUGAGCAUAGAGUCGUUGAAUGCAUUGAAUUGUUUUGGUAUUCUACAACAAAGGUUAGUUCUUAAAAUUGGUGUCCUUGUCAUGCUUCUUCAUAAUAUUGACCAAUCUAAUGGAUUGUGCAAUGGUACACGAAUGCAAGUUAGGCGACUUGGUGAUCAUAUUAUUGAGUGGGUCAUAUUAUCGUGUCAUAAUGUUGGUCAAGUUGUAUUUAUUCCCAGGAUGAAUAUGGUCCCUAAAGAUGAAACAUUACCAAUCAGUUUACCUGGUGACAGUUUCUAA